GCCCGGCCAUCAUGUCGGAGGCACCGCAAGAUGAAGGUGCGUCGGCGACGUUCUCGGCGCAGCCAGUAGACAGCGACGGAGGUAGACAGUUGUAUACGAUUCCCGGCGUACUGCAUUUUCUUCAACACGAAUGGACGCGUUUCGAACGCGAGCGCUCCAAUUGGGAGGUGGAACGCGCCGAAUUGAAGACGAAAAUCGCGUUUCUACAAGGCGAACGCAAGGGACAAGAGAACUUGAAACGCGACCUGCUGAGAAGGAUCAAAAUGUUGGAGUAUGCACUGAAGCAAGAAAGGGCGAAGGUGCAUCGGAUGCAGAACGGGAUGGAAGAGAAUCCUUCCGAGCCGGUGAAGAUCAAGAGGCAGAGGGAACCUGUGCGAGACAUGAGCAGUGCUGUCAGUGAAGUGCAGCAGGCAAGUCGACGACAAGGACGCCAUUUGUUAAGACAAUAUUUACAAGAGAUAGGAUACGCUGACGCUGUGAUUGGAGUACGGACAAGUAGAAUCAAUUCUCUUCUUAGCCACCCAAGCUCAGACAGUCUGUCGGCCUUUGGUGCUUCUACUUCUGUUGCAUCACAACACUUACCUGCAUCUGUAUCAUCGGCUAGGAAGACUAGCGUGGACGGACCUCCUAAUACCGUACCAGUGGAGUCUGUUGAAGCAUCUCUUUUCAAAGCUUCAGACAGUGAAAGUAGUAAGAAGGUCCAUAGAAGUUCUUUGAAUGUAACGCUGAAAUCUAGAGGUAUGGAACAAACCCAAGAUGAACAACUUGUGUCAAGUCCUGUGAAGCCAAAAUCACCAGAACUGACCUCAUUUCCUGGGUCGAACAGUGAAGAGGGCCUAUUUGAAGAGGAGACUGUAGUUGCACAUUUCAACUUUCUCAAGGAUCUUGCAGAUGGCGAUGAGGACGAUAAAGAUAGCGAUGAAGAUGAGGAUGAUGGUGCAAAAGGCAGCAAUAAAUUAAGCAGAACCCAAUUAGACAAAAAUGCUCUCGGUAAUGUUGACUUGCUGGAUCCUGAUCAAGAAGCUGCGAUUGCAGAGUUUGAGUUUUUGUCUCAUGAAGCCGAAGAAGAGGAUCACAGAGAACCACCAUCACGACCCGAAGAAGAAUUUUCUCAGGGUAUGGACGCAAAAUUGAUAGCAGAUAGUGGUCCAACAAGUGGACAACAUUCAUCUCUUUACUUAGGGGGAAAUGAGUGGAAGUUGGGCCUUGAUCCGGAACAGUUGUCAAAACUUAAAGAUGAAUAUAAACAAGAUCGUAAGAAAAAGGCACAGCAGUCGAAACGUCCAACGCACUCCCAGUUGCAGCAGAUGAUGACAUCUCUGAAUCAGGGAGAUGAAGUUGGUCUCACGUCCAACUUUCAGUCUGUGUUACCCGUGUCAAACACUGACAUCACCGAAGAAUCGGUGCUGAAUAGUGAGAUGCCAACCUUUGGACCACGAAUACCGCGAAAGACCAAAAGAGCAUUGCUUCAAACGGAUGGUGGUAGAGGUGCACCUGAUGGUGAGUCUGUUGGCUUGGGUUUAGGAGAUUUAGCCAAUUUGCCUGAACACAUACACAAUGAAGCCGAGUCGCAAUAUGGCACUACAGCCCCAAAGACGUGGAGUCAGAAGUACUCCUUAAAGAGCCACUUUGACUGUGUUCGAUCGCUCGCAUAUCAUCCCACAGAACCCAUUCUUGUGACUGCAUCUGAGGAUUGUACACUGAAGUUGUGGAAUAUACAGAAACCACCACAAGCUAGGAGGAGUAACAUCUGUGACUUGGAGCCCGUGUAUGCAUUUAGAGGACACCGGGCCGCCGUUUGGUGCUGUUGUGCCAGUCUGUGCGGAUCGUAUGUGUUUAGUGGCAGUUCAGACAUGACGAUAUGUCGUUGGUUGUUGCCUAGUUCAUCGUGUGAUACGUAUGGUCCAUACGGAGGCUGUCAUGAACUGACAGACAAAUUUAGGCGAAUACUGCGGGGACACACAGAUGCUGUGUGGGAUCUAGUAGUGCUACCAGGACACGAUAAUGUUCUCGUUUCCUGUGCUGCAGACAGUACGUGUCGACUAUGGAGACAUGAUGCUGAACAACCUUUAUUAGCAACUGUCGACAUCUCAGACGGACAGCCAACUUCCGUUGACAGCGUGCCCUGUAAUCCCCAACAGUGGGUCACUGGCUUUACUAAUGGGAAGGGAAUAGUUUAUGAUGUGGAGACGGCAUCACCUGUAGUUACUUUCAAUGAUUGCCCAGAACAAGGAGGGUUGCAACGAAUCAAUAGAGUUGCGAGUCAUCCUACGUUGCCUGUGACAGUCACAGCACAUGAAGAUCGACACCUUAGAUUCUACGAUAACAGAACCGGUCGGCAGCUACACUCAAUGGUGGCUCAUACCGAUGGUGUAACUAGUCUAGCAGUCGAUCCGAAUGGCCUAUUUGUAGUAUCAGGAAGUCACGACUGUUCUUUACGGUUGUGGAAUUUUGAUACCAAAUCAUGUGUGGAUGAUAUUACUUCACAUCGAAAGAAGUACGAAGAGUCUAUCUGUGAUAUAGCAUUUCAUCCAGUUCACCCAAUGAUAGGAAGUGCAGGGGCAGAUUCAAUAGUGAAGGUUUUUAUGUGAAUAUGUAGCAGCAACAUAAAUGGGACAACAUGCAGGCUGUCUCUUCCCAAAGUGACCUUGUGUUACGAUUUACUAAUGAAGGCCUACCGAAGUUGGCUUGUAGUUAUUUGAAUCCAUUUCAUAGCAUUGCAAUGAAACGGAGUGAAAUUUCUGUG